UCCAACUGUUUGAAGAAGAGGAAGAAAAACACUUCCAAAACAAUUUGGAAGGAUUAUCUAACAGAGAAAGGGGAAGAAAAAGAGACAAAAGAAACCGACUAUGGAGCACAUUCCGAGAUCAAGAGUGGAAAAUUUAUGAAUGGGAUAUAAGCAAAUUUAAAUAUGCUUUAGUAGACUCCAAAAUCUUUAAGUUAGAUCAAACUGAUGAGUCAGGUAUGCCAAUUAGCGAGCACAUUGCCAAGAUAAAAGACAUUCGGAACAAAACUGCUCAUUUCACAACAGCAACCUGUGAUAAUGCCACUUUCCAAGAAACUUUAAAGACAAUAGGUGAUCACAUAAAAGCAUUAGAAUUAGCACAAUUGAACGUGUCCCCACACCUUGAAGAAUUACAGAGAGUACAAUCACAGGAAAAACCUGUUUCUGGUGAGAAAUGGUGGGAGAUGAGAACACAGUUUGAAACGCUGAAAAUUCAGCAACAGAUAUAUGAAGAAAGAGAGAAGAGAUAUAUAAUUCUAGAAAAAUCAAAUGAAGAAAAGGAAAAACAUUCCAGAGAACUAGAAUCACAAAAGCAAAAACAUUCAGAGGAACUUGAAAAAUUCCAUAAUAAAAAUUACUUACAAAAGCUGAGAUAUCAUAAAAAACUUAAAAGACUGCAAUCUGAGCUUAAAACAUAUUCAGCAGAACUUGAAAGACUAAAAUUGGAAAAUGAAAGACUAGAAUGGGACAAUAAAUCACAGAUGCACAGAUAUUCAGAGGAACUUGAAAGACUUAAAUCUGAAAAUGAUUUUUUAGACAAUCUUGAAAGACUUCAAACAGAAAAUGAAAGACUUCAAUCAGAAAAUGAAUUACAGAUGCAAACAUGUUCUGAGGAACUUGAAAGACUACAGUCAGAGAAUGAAAGACUUCAAUCAGAAAAUGAAUUACAGAUGCAGCCAUAUUCUGAGGAACUUGAAAGACUCCAGUCAGAAAAUGAAUUACAGAUGCAACAAUAUUCUGAGGAGCUUGAAAGACUCCAGUCAGAAAAUGAAAGACUUCAAUCAGAAAAUGAAAUACAGAUGCAACCAUAUUCUGAGGAGCUUGAAAGACUCCAGUCAGAAAAUGAAAGACUUCAAUCAGAAAAUGAAAUACAGAUGCAACCAUAUUCUGAGGAACUUGAAAGACUCCAGUCAGAAAAUGAAAGACUUCAAUCAGAAAAUGAAAUACAGAUGCAACCAUAUUCUGAGGAGCUUGAAAGACUCCAGUCAGAAAAUGAAAGACUUCAAUCAGAAAAUGAAAUACAGAUGCAACCAUAUUCUGAGGAACUUGAAAGACUCCAGUCAGAAAAUGAAAGACUUCAAUCAGAAAAUGAAAUACAGAUGCAACCAUAUUCUGAGGAGCUUGAAAGACUCCAGUCAGAAAAUGAAAGACUUCAAUCAGAAAAUGAAAUACAGAUGCAACCAUAUUCUGAGGAACUUGAAAGACUCCAGUCAGAAAAUGAAAGACUUCAAUCAGAAAAUGAAUUACAGAUGCAAACAUAUUCUGAGGAACUUGAAAGACUUCAAUCAGAAAAUGAAUUACAGAUGCAACAAUAUUCUGAGGAACUUGAAAGACUCCAGUCAGAAAAUGAAAGAAUUCAAUUAAAAAUUAAAUACAGAUGCAACACUAUUCUGAGGAACUUGAAAAACGAAUUACAGAUGCAACAAUAUUCUGAGGAACUUGAAAGACUCCUGUCAGAAAAUGAAAGACUUCAAUCAGAAAAUGAAUUCCAGAUGCAACCAUAUUCUGAGGAACUUGAAAGACUCCAGUCAGAAAAUGAAUUACAGAUGCAACAAUAUUCUGAGGAACUUGAAAGACUUCAGUCAGAAAAUGAAUUACAGGUGCAACAAUAUUGGGAGGAACUUGAAAGACUCCAGUCAGAAAAUGAAAGACUUCAAUCAGAAAAUAAAUUACAGAUGCAAUCAUAUGUUGAGGAACUUGAAAGACUCCAGUCAGAAAAUGAAUUACAGAUGCAACAAUAUUCUGAGGAACUUGAAAGACUUCAGUCAGAAAAUGAAUUACAGGUGCAACAAUAUUGGGAGGAACUUGAAAGACUCCAGUCAGAAAAUGAAAGACUUCAAUCAGAAAAUAAAUUACAGAUGCAAUCAUAUGUUGAGGAACUUGAAAGACUCCAGUCAGAAAAUGAAUUACAGGUGCAACAAUAUUGGGAGGAACUUGAAAGACUCCAGUCAGAAAAUGAAAGACUUCAAUCAGAAAAUGAAUUACAGAUGCAAACAUAUUUUGAGGAACUUGUAAAACUCCAUUCAGAAAAGGAAAGACUCCAAUCUAAAUAUGAAUUACAGUUAUAAACACAUUCAAAGGAACUUGAAAGAUUCCAAUUGGUAAUGAAUUACAGACCCAAACAUAUUCAGAGGACUUUGAGAGACUCAAAUCAAAAGAAGAAUUACAGACGCAAGCAAAAAAGCAAGAAAAUGAAAGACUCUAAGAUGAAAAUGAAAGACUGUAAAAAUUAAUUACAUACUUGUAAAUGUAUACAGAGGAACUUGAAAAAUUUCAAUCUGAAAGUGAGGGACUCUAAUCUUCAGGAAAAAGAAUUACAGAAACAAACAUAUUCAAACUUUAACUGUCUCAAGAGUGACAAAUUCUACUCCCACAAUAUGGCCUUGUCACAGAAGUAAGCCAAUGUCAAGUCAAACUGUUCCGAGUCACUGUGACCUUGACCUCUGACCUACUGACCUCAAAAUCAAUAGGGCUUAUCUGUUAGUCAUGACCAACCUUCAUAUAUCGACUUUCAUUUAUGGGGGUAUAACAAACUUUUAAGACAUUAAAAAUGAAACAAUGAUAUGAAAAUGAGUGAAUUUACAGACAAACUUCAAUAAAACCAUCAGAAGAUUGUUUGGAAGCAUAGAACACAACUUAGCGAAAAGAGAGUAUUGACCGGCUAUGGAUUUCCAUGUUCUGUCUGCUGUGACCUUGACCCUUAUCAAAGUGACCCCAAAAUCAAUAGGGGUCAUCUACUGUGCAUGUCCAAUCAUCCUAUGAAGUUUCAACAUCCUGGGUCAAGUGGUUCUCAAGUUAUUGAUCAGAAAUGACUUUCCAUGUUCAAGUCCCUGUGACCUUGACCUUUAACAGAGUAACCCCAAAAUCAAUAGGGGUCAUCUACUCUGCAUGUCCAAUCAUCCUAUUAAGUUUCAACAUUCUGGGUCAAGUGGUUCUCAUCUUAUUGACUGGAAAGAGCUUUCUAUGUUCAGCCACCUGUGAGCUUGACCUUUGAUGGAGAGACCCCAAAAACGUUAGGGGUCAUCUAUUCUGUAAGUCCUAUCACCCUAAGAAGUUUGAAGGUUCUAGGUCAAAUAGUUCUCAAAUUAUUGACCGAAAAUAGAUUUCCAUGCUGUGACCGUAACCUUUAAUAGAGUGACCCCAAAAUCAUAAGGGGUCAUCUACUCUGCAUGUCCAAUCACCCUAUGAAGUUUCAACAUUCUGGGUCAAGUGGUUCUCAUGUUAUUGAUUGGAAAUGGUUUUCCAUGUUCUGGCCCCUAUGACCUUGACCUUUAACAAAGUGACCCAAAAAACAACAGGAGUCAUCUACUCUGCAUGACCAAUCACCCUAUAAAGUUUCAAGAUUCUGGGUAAAGUGGUUCUCAAGUUACUGAUCGGAAAUGGUUUUCAAUGUUCAGGCCCCUGUGACCUUGACCUUUGAUGGAUUGACCCCAAAAACAAUAGCAGCCAUCUACUCCAUAAACCCUACCACCCUAUGAAGUUUGAAGGUUCUAGGUCAAAUGGCUCUCUAGUUAUUGCCCGGAAAUGAAGUGUGAAGUACAGACAGAC